UGGGCUUUCGGAGCCUCGGUCUCUCGCCUCGUACUUACUGGCCGUUGAGGAUGGGUGUUGUGUCAGUGACACGGGCCGGGAAGCUGAGGUUUACUAAAGGACAGCGGCUGGCCCAGGAUCAGUCAAAUGAAUCAGGGCAAAAGUAGAACUAGACGAGCCAUGUCCACCUUGUUUCCCUCACUCUUCCCCCGUGUGACUGAGACACUGUGGUUUAAUCUGGAUCGACCCUGUGUGGAGGAGACGGAGCUGCAGCAGCAAGAGCAACAGCAUCAGGCCUGGCUCCAGAGCAUCGCAGAGAAAGACAACAAUCUGGUACCCAUUGGCAAGCCGGCCUCAGAGCACUAUGAUGACGAGGAAGAGGAGGAUGAAGAUGACGACGAGGAUAGUGAAGAGGACUCAGAGGAUGAUGAGGACAUGCAGGACAUGGAUGAGAUGAAUGAUUACAAUGAGUCACCUGAUGACGGAGAGGUCAAUGAGCCUUCUCUCCAGGUGGACAUGGAAGGCAACGAACAGGAUCAGGACCAGUGGAUGAUCUAGGUAGACAAGGCAGGGUGGCCUCAGGCAAAUUCCAGGCCAGCCCAACUUACCCUGCACCCCCUGCAGAACCAGCUGAUUGCCCCAGUGCCUGAAAGCUCACCCUUGGGUAUCUCUUCAGCUGCUGCCAAGAACUGGUCUCCUUGGCUCCUCCUAGGCCAUCACUUUGCCCUUGAGUCUCCAGGGCCUGAGCCCACCCCACCUUUCCGCCCAUUACCUCACCCCUUGGUUGCCAGGUAUAGUCUCUUUCUAACUCCCUUUAAUAAAGACACAGGAAUGAUUUUA